AAAACCAAAGUUUAAGUAAUAACACCCUUGCUUUCCUAUAAAAUCCUUGACAAAAUUUUAUUAUACAUUUUUUGUCUUGUGCCAGUACUAAAAUCCAUCCAUAUAAGAUGUGCCCAAAAUUCUGUAGUUUUCUUCUGUUAUGCUGCACGUUUAUUUCUUUGGAAUCCAUGAGAGUUCCUCAGCUUAUUAUGCGAGGAGGUAUAAACAUUAAACAUGCCUUCGAUUGGAUAUGGAACUUAUACAGUACAAAAUGAAGUCGAGGCCUUUAAAGCACUAGACAAAGCUCUAGAAGUUGGAUACCGUCACAUUGACACAGCUACCGUCUACGCAAAUGAACACAUCAUCGGAAAGGUUCUCCAAAAGUGGUUUUCAGAGAAAAAACUUAAACGAGAGGAUAUUUUUGUAACAACUAAACUGAAUUUGUUUAAUAGCUUUCCCGACAGCGUAGAAUCUAGUAUAAAGGAAUCAUUAAUGAAAUUACAACUGGAUUAUGUAGAUAUGUUUCUUAUACACGCGCCAGUGGCACUCAAAGUUUUUGAGAACAACACCAUACUAGCUGUGCCAAAUGACCAUUUGGCUCUCUGGAAGAAAAUGGAAGAACAAGUCGAUGCCGGCAGGACGAGAUCCAUAGGAUUGUCAAACUUUAACGUAUCGCAAAUAGAAAAGAUUAUGAAAUCUUCUAGAAUUAAACCUGCCAAUCUUCAGAUAGAAAUGCACGUGUACGAUCAAGAAAAGGCAACCAGGCAAUUCUGUAAGAAGACCGAUAUUGUCAUUGUUGCUUAUGCUCCUCUUGGUGCUGUUAAAGCUGAUGUUUAUCUAGCUGAUCUCGGAUUUAAGACCAAAGCUCCUCUAAAUAUGCUUGAAGAUGAACAGCUAAUAAAAAUAGCUGCGGCUCAUAAUAAAACCACAGCUCAAGUUGCGCUCAGGUUUCUACAUCAACUGGGUGUAGUAGUUAUUCCCAAAAGCAUUAACCCAAAAAGAAUAGAAGAAAAUUACGACAUAUUUAACUUUAUAUUAAGUCCCAACGAAAUGAAAACGCUCAAACAAUUAGAUAAAGGAAUUAAAUACAAAGUCUACGAUUUUAAGUAUCUCGGUAACAACAUUGCUGACAACCCAGAAUAUCCUUGGUCUGAUCUUAGGGAAUAACUUUAACCCAAAAAAUAUGUUUGUACUUAAUAUUUAUAAAUAAAUGUUAAUUAUAUUUUUA